AUGGGCCCUGACAAUGAGAGUCUACCUCUGGAUUUUCUCCUGCUGGGCUUCUCAGGGCCCCCGGUGCUGCAGAUAUCGCUUUUCCUACUGUUUCUGGUGAUGUACGUUCUCACGGUGGGUGGCAACCUGGCCAUCCUGCUGUUGGUGGCCACAUCACGCCCUCUGCACACACCCAUGUACUUCUUUUUGAGCAACCUGUCCUUCCUGGAGAUCUGGUACACCACAGCCGCUGUCCCCAAGGCACUAGCUAUCCAGCUGGGCCACAGCCAGACCAUCUCAUUCAUCAGUUGUCUGCUGCAGAUGUACCUGGUCUUCUCGCUAGGCUGCACUGAGUACUUUCUCCUGGCAGCCAUGGCCUAUGAUCGCUACCUGGCCAUAUGCACCCCCCUGCACUACAGUGCCAUCAUGAGCAGCGUGUUCUCAGUGCAGUUGGCCAUGGGUUCCUGGCUCUGUGGCUUUAUGGCCAUUGCCGUGCCCACCGUCCUCAUUAGCGGCCUAUCCUUCUGUGGCCCUCACACCAUCAACCACUUCUUCUGCGAUAUUGCACCCUGGAUUGCACUGGCCUGUAGCAGCACACAAGCCGUGGAGCUGGUGUCCUUUGUCAUCGCCUUCCUGGUUAUCCUGAGCUCCUGCCUCAUCACACUGGUCUCCUACAUCUACAUCAUCGGCACCAUCCUGCGCAUCCCCUCGGCCAGUGGCCGCAGCAAGGCUUUCUCCACCUGCUCCUCACACCUGACAGUCGUGCUAUUGUGGUACGGCUCCACCAUCUUCCUGCACGUGCGCACCUCCAUCAAGGAAGGCUUAGACCUGUCCAAGGCCGUGCAUGUGCUCAACACCGUGGUCACUCCCGUCCUGAACCCCUUCAUCUACACACUUCGCAACCAGGAUGUCAGGACCAGUCUGCGGAGGAAGCUGAAGGGCAGGUGA